AUGCUUGAUCUAUGGCUACUGGCUGUAGUAUUUCUGUUUUUUCAAGGUAGGUUGAAUCACGUUGAACUACAGUAGCAAACAUUUGAGCAGCCAGUGUUUGUUGCCAAAAGUGAGGUUUGGACUGUGGAUUUGACUACCACUAUCGCUACCUUUCACUGACUUAUAGUACACAUUUGAUUGGUCAAUGGGAUAGAUUAGACGCAUCUAAUUGGUUAAUAGUCCCUUAAUGGUAGCGGUAUAGUGGUGAGUGGAACCUUACUAAUACUAUAUUCGAGUUAAUCCUUAAUGAUUUUUACCUCAUCUAUUAUUGAUACAUGAUAUACUUGCAUGAAUAUCAUCAGCACGAAUGCUUAUUAUUCUUUAGGUCUUGUUAUAACUCUAAACAGAUGACGAUUAUUCUAUCCUUGAAAUAAUUUCAUUCAUAAUGAUUUCAUCCGUUUUAAUGAAUCAAUAUUGUAGGUAUUCAGGACGUUAAGACUAAUUCGCUGUUUGUCAGCCACCGUGGCGAUGAUCUCAGUAGUUGUGGUAACUGGACUACGCCAUGUCGUACUGUGCGACAUGCAGUGAAGAUGUCUAAUGAUGGGGACAAAAUUUAUAUUGAUUAUGCGCAAGGAAGACCUUAUAUGGAAUGCGAAAAUGUGACACGAUCAACAUACUCCAUCGAAUUGACAAAAUCUGUUUCGUUUCAUGGCAUCAAUGGAAGAGCUGGACUGCAGUGUAACAAACGUUACCGCACGUUUUUCAUCAUAAUGAGUCCAGGUUUUAAUAUAACACGCAUCAAAUUCUUCAACUUGGUUAUAUCGGGUUCAACUGUUGUAACUGAGAUUGACAAAGGAGCCAAGAUGGAAUUGGUAUAUGAGAAUAUAUUUGUCAGGGAUAACGACUAUGCUAUCUACAGCAAACAUUCGACUGACUGUUCCAUUCUGAUAACCAACUCAAGUUUUGAGAAUAAUUUUAGCUCGGGAAUUCAUCUGGCAUGUUCUAAUCUCACUGCACAUAUAACCUCUAGUACCUUCGAAUUUACUCCCGUGUCCUUGGCUAACAUUGCAAAUACGCCAACAAGCUGGCAAAAAACAGAGAUUUUAGUUCGAAAUACGAUCUUUAAUGGUAAAAAUAUUCACAAAUGUGCCGCACUGCUCGCGAUAAAGCCAUUUGCAACUAUAUUCAAUGUUACAGUAACAGACUCAGAGUUUAAAAAUCAUUUUGCAGUUUGCAUUUCCAGACACUAUCGUCACUUUUCUACGCUAUUCAUUUUCGACUUACAGCAUAACUCACAGCUCCGUACCAAAACAUUCAUAUUUUUAAGCAAUCUAUUAAUCGAAGAUAACUACAAUAACGUGCCUGCACUGUUACUAAUUGCAGGUUAUCGGAAUUACACAAAAGUAGAAGUUAUGAUACGAGACAGCAUUUUCAGGAAUAAUUCGUUAGCACUUUGGGUUUCCACCAACUAUUUGGGUAGACCUCCUGACAGCAAGUCUCCCACAAUAAUUCAUGAGAAUAACACGUUCGUUAAUAAUAUUUAUGAUCUGCUCAAACCUAAUGGUGCGGCAGCAAUUUACUUCGGCAAAGGUAACAACCUCGUAUCAUCAUGCCGUUUCCUUGACAACGGGCCUGGUCAAAAUCCCUACAUAGGCGUCGUGAAAAUUUCCGAAAUAGCGACUGUUACUUUUUUGAAUUCCUAUUUUGAAAACCGGCAAACUAAAGUACUGUCCAAUCAGUUUUUUGCAUCAGGAAAUAGGCUGGUUAGCUUUACUGGCGAAAAUACGUUUAAUUUAGUCGCCCUAAAGGAGAGUCAGACUGUUUUUGUUCGCAUACCAAGCGCAAUGAGCAGUGGGGUGAUAAUGAGGAAGAAUUUUAAGAUCUUAUGCCCGCAAGGAUACAAAUUAUACGUGCAACGACAAUGUACAAUAAUAAAGACAGGAAUCAUAUGUAACUAUAUCAAUGUCCGAUGUGAGCAGUGUCCAACGAAAACGUACACACUCGAAAGAGGCAAGUUAAUUUUCAAUAAAAGCAAUGACAUUCAAUGCCAGCAAUGUCCUCGAGGAGGGGACUGUGACAGUGGACUGGUGACGGCCAAAUCGAACUUUUGGGGUUACAAAACAAAGAUGAAAGUCCACUUUCUUCAAUGUCCACCAGGAUACUGCUGCGACUCCGAAGAUUGCGUCACCUAUGAUAGUUGCCAUGGAAACAGAUCUGGUACACUUUGUGGUCAAUGUCCAGACGGAAUGUCGGAGAGUUUGUUCUCCACACAAUGUUUAUCAAACACAGAAUGCUCCUUAAAUUAUUUCUUUAUUCUUGGCACAAUUACACUGCUUGCUCUAUAUCUUGUCUUCUUUCUUUACCAUAAAGAAAUUGUUGGUAUUCUUCGAACAAGUUUAUUUAGUAAGCGCUUAUCGUUCUCAAUAAACAACAGAAACAAGCAAAGAAACAAUGUUAGCACUGGUGGUAAUACCUCUUCAAGCAGUGGGAUGAUUAAGAUAUUAUUCUAUUACUAUCAAGUUUGUAAUUUGCUAAGAAGCUCCGUGGGUUUUUCUAGAAAAGGGAAAUUCAUUCAUAAUUUUGAGAAUGUUAUUUCAAGGGUAAUGAAUAUGAUUCUAGUUAACCUUCCAUCUUUUAAUUGUCCUUUUGCAAACCUUCGUCCUGUUCCUAAGGCGGUCAUUUUACAUUCGGUAGGACACUCUCUUCUUGGUCUUCUUUUUCUUCUUUAUUUGAUAAGCAAAUUGUUUCUGAUUUUCAGGAGAUCUAAAAGUGAUAGUAGUAGAGCAACAACGUUGCAAUAUAUUGCAACAACAAGGUCCGAUCAAAACGAUAGAGCUACAAAAUCGGUGCUGCAACGAAUUGCUUCGGCCUUCACUUACAUUUCUUUAUUGAUGUAUGCUUCGUCCACUCAACUCUGUCUUUCCCUUCUUCACUGUGUACCAGUUGGUGACAACCAAGUCUUGUUUCUUGAUGGUAACGUCAAAUGUUACCAAACAUUUCAAUAUUUUCUUCUUGGUUACAUGAUUUCUUCUAUACUUCCAUUUUGUCUUGUUCCUGUCCUCGGUUCGUAUCUUUUAAAGUUUGGUCGAAUUGGUGUUAAGCAAUUUUGUGCAGCUUGUAUCUUUCCUUUGCCAUUUUGCUGCUAUUGGUUGUAUUUGUUGCUUAAGGGAUGUCGUUGUGGUAAUCAGGAAAUAUAUAACACAAUAGAACAAAAUGAUGAUGCAAUAAGAUCUGAACCAGCUAAUGACGAAACACCACGCCUUGGUAGUGAAGAUAUCACCUUUACCUCCUCCACUGAUAGGAAUGAAACCAACACGAGAAGUGAAUCCCCGGUUUGUACUGAUAGCAAUGAAGUCUCUUCUACGAGAAGUGAAUCAGCUGUUUGCACUGAUAGAAAUGAAGCCACUUCUACGAGAAGUGAAUCAGCUGUUCUCAAAGUUUUGUUGGGUCCAUUUAGACCUCACCAAGCUUUUAUCUGUUGUCCUUCUUCACACAUUCCUUGGGAAGGUUUUCUUAUCUUUCGUAGAUUGGUCUUGAUUAUUGUAUUGACUUUCGUCUACGACAUUCAGCUCAGACUUUUUCUAGCUUUAAUCCUCUGUGUUGCCAUUCUAAUCUUCCACACCAUUGUGUAUCCUUUUCAGAGAAAAAGCGACAAUGUACUGGAGUCAUUUUCGCUCGGUACACACGUGGUCCUGUGUGGUUCGACUUUAAUAAAAGCUCUUUAUUACGGUGAGGAUUAUUCUUCUUUUUCAAACCGUUUGCCUGUGUUGAAUGUGAUUGAAAAUAUUCUUAUAGUCGCUCCAUUAUCUGUCAUCAUGACCAUUGUUGUUGUUUCUAUCGCUAUAAAGUUGGUAUUUGGUUUAAAGUUCUGUGUAUCAGUUGUAAUUCGUAAAGUAAGAAGGCUUCUAAGGCCGCUGUCUGUGUAAGUUUACAUAUUCCAUGCAUUUACUUAAUCUAGAAAUAUUUCAAAUGUAUGAGUGUAUAUCUGAUGUGAAUGUCACUUGAGCACGUAAAUGGUUACUGUAGUUAGUUUAGGUGUUAGCUAAUUAGCUGGUACAAUAUUAUUAUAUGGCCAUAGAUUUAUUAUAUUAGUUCAUUGUAAUAAAUUUAUAAAAAAAAAUUGUUAAUAAUAUUGUUUGAUGUUGAACUGUUCCUCACCAUGCACAAAUCCUUUGUGGCUCAACUUCAUUAAAUAUUAUUCAUCGUUGUUGCACGUUUCUUUUCAGCUAACCCUAUUGGAUGGCCUUUCGGCAUUGCCUGACUUCUUCACAGCAUCUUUGCGCAUACUGAGUUUGGGAUCCCUGCAGGUGGUUGCAGCUCAAUCUGGUCUUCCCGUUGUAGAUCUAUGUGUGUUUAUGAAUACUGACCGUAAUAUAAUCUUUACCCAACAGUGCCGUAGCAAGCUGAUAAUUGGGAAUCAGGGGGGACGAUAUUCAUAUAUUCGUGUUCUACGUUAUUAAUUUCUUUUAAAUCGAUUGUUUUAUGGUCUGUAACACGAAUAUAUGAAUAUCUGCCCCCCCCCCCCCCAUUUAUCGAGCUUGAUACGGCACUGCCCAGAAAACAGCGAGACAUGAAUCCUCAUCCUGUCUUUGUUCUUCUGCCUUGGUUCAGAACGAAUAUUUUGGCUAAAUUCACUAAGGGCAGACGAACGAAGACAGGAAUAUAUUCCCCAUUUCCAAACCCACGCGCCUACGAUAGUAAUAAUAUAAACCACUAGAUUUAGUUUCAAAAGUGUACAGGGUGUAUCAUAAAAGACUAGGCCAUUGUAAAAUGACCACUAAACUGAAAAUAAAGCCCAUGCCAAGAUUUUCAAACUGUACAAAUUCGAUUCUUGUCAGGGACCUGAAGUUGCAUUUUUCUAAUAAAUGUAUAUAAAUUUCCACUCAAUAAUUUCCAUUUACAGACCCUUCAAUUAUUAUUAUUUAAUCGAGUGAGAUGCCAACAAAAUCUCGAUAUUUACUUUCGUGACCUUCUUAAUAAUUUAAUACACUAAAUCGCAAUAUCCGGAGAGAGACGUGACUCUAAAGAAUGCUAUAAACAAAUAUGUCUUAUUACAGUAGUAGUCGGUUUGAAUUAAUAUAUCAGCUGAACACAGGCGCUUCAACGACAGCUGCGCAAGCUCUUAGCGCAAACACAGCGCAAACUAUGGAAAUGAAGGCAGUUUUAAUUAUUGCUUUUCUUCAUCUUUUCCACAUCAUUCCAGACAGGUAAGACUUCUAUAACACCUCAGUUGUUAAGCAGAAGUUUGAAUGUUUUUAUACUAGUCAGACAUCAAACGAGACAUCAAAUGGGAAGUAAUUUGCAUAUAUUGCAGCUGGAUUGCAUUUAUAUUAUAAUUGUAGUAAAUAUGCGUCAUUGGUGCAAAAUAUGUUAAACAACGACAUUUUGCGAGCAAAUUGGGCGCGCGUGCAUGACUUUUGAUACUUAGCUGAGUCAGCUUUAUUAAAACUACUAUACCCGUACGCAUUUUCCGAAUUUCCUAAACAUGAGACAAUAUGAUAUGCGUGACGCGUCGAGGCAACGUGACAGGGCAUGUUAGAAUGAUCAAAAAUCAUCAUUUUUGUAUAUUUGCAUAACCACGUCUUUCAGAAGUGGUUAAAACUUAAAUUUCUAAUAAUAAUAUAACUCUCCGAGACAUAUGUAAGAUUAAAGUUUGAAUUUUUUUUGAAAUAAUCAUUGCGCGAAAUACAGGCAUGUGAUGACAUCUAUAUAAGAUAUACUCACGUAAAGCCGCAGCAAACUCUGCUCUUGCAGGAUACAUUGGAAACCACAGAAAAUGAGACCUGCCAAGUGACGCAUAUUGGGCGUGAGAUCGCGCAUUAUGUCUAAAAUUACCUAUAACUCUUUCUCCACAACGACAUUGGCAAGUGACGCAUACUGGGCGUGAGAGUCGCGCAUUGUGUCUAAAAUUGCCUAUAACUCUUUCUCCACAACGAUAUUGGCAAGUGACGCAUACUGGGCGUGAGAGUCGCGCAUUGUGUCUAAAAUUACCUUUAACGCUUUCUCCACAGCGACAUUGCCAAGUGACGUUCAUUGCCAUUGGGCGUGAGAGUCGCGCAUUAUGUCUAAAAUUACCUUUAACGCUUUCUCCACAACGACAUUGCCAAGUGACGCAUAUUGGGCGUGAGAGUCGCGCAUUGUGUCUAACAUUAUGCACUAGUCAAUUGAAACCCCGGCCCCCCGACCCCCGGGACAGGGCGGGGAAUUAACGGGGGAAUGGCCGUGGAUUAACGCGGGUUUAAUGCACCAUUUUCCCCGGGGUACAGGGGAAAUAACAAGUCAAUUUAUUAGCCGGGACAAUAGCCGGGACUUUAACGCACGGCUGAUACGAAAGAAGUGGACUGGAACGUGUUUAUCGUCGUGGCAACAUGGCGGAAUCUUCGAAGUCAGAGAAGAUAUUUUAUAAACUUUUGUCCGUUUUAUCAUUGUUUCCUCAUAGUUUUUCUUAAAAAAAAGGAAUAUAUUUUCACUUUCCUGAUGAUCGAUGACUGCAAAAUAGUCGAAACGUAGACUUAUUCAGUAUCUUUUGAUGCGGAUCAAAGUUUAAGAUCAAGAAUUGCCUUGACAUGUUGUGAACAUUUUAUACUUCAACGAUUUCCCAUUUCCCAAGUCAUGAAAAUUUGCAAAGUCCCGGGCCAUACGGGCGGUAACUUUAACAGUCAAUAUUCCCCCGGUGGCGGGGAAAUUACCAAAGUUUAACAUUGUCAAAAUGUUAAUUUCCCCGCUCUUUCCCGGGGGUCGGGGGGCCGGGGUUUCAAUUGACUAGUGCAUUACCUUUAACGCUUUCUCCACAACGACAUUGCCAAGUGACGCAUAUUGGGCGUGAAUGUCACGCAUUAUGCCUAAAAUUACCUUUAAGUCACGCAUUUCCACUUCGAUAGUUGGAAGAUUGUGUGGCUAAGCCCAGAUCAAACUAGGAUGAAAGUUGGCAAACACGCCACCUUUGUUAGCUGCUCUCGAUGCUUUCCCAACACUAUCAUGUAUUCUAUUUAAGUCAAAACAUAGUUGGAACACUUAUCAAACUUUUAUUUUGUUAAUCCAGAGCUUGAAACUCUCGUUCUCAUUUGACCGGGGCAUAGAAGACGUUUGUUUUCCAACAGUCCAGUGCAUGUUUUAGCUUUAUUCGAUCCGAUCUGUGGAAAUUUGCAGAUAUCAAUUUACAGAUUCUGUCUGAGAUUUACUGAAGGAGCAUUAUUUGCGAUCAAACUAUUGUAUCAUUCAUUUUUAAUCAUUCAUAUCUGCCGAGCUUGGCAGGUCUGAAAAAUAAAUUCUAUAUACAGGGUGUCCAAAAAAGAGGCAAUCCAAAUCAGUAGCAUGGCGUCGUGCAUUAAUUACUCGGUGUAUAAUUUUUUCAUAAUCUUCAAAAACUCAUUAAUAAUUCAUGAAGCAAUUAUCCAAUCUUGAGUAAGAAAUUAGUCACGUGCAUACGUCUUUAUACCAGCUAAAGAAGACUUUAACGAAAGACCAUUGUUAUGCAAACUAUAUAAAGAUUUUUAUAUAAAGAUUUUUAUAUAAACAUUUUUAUAUAAAGAUUUGACUUAUUAUGCAAACGUUUUUGAAGCCAUUUAAAAAACUCGCAGGUCGUGUUUUAUUAGGUCUAAAGCCACUCGCGCGCUUUAAACCUAAUAAAACACUCCUGCUCGUUUUUUAAAUAGUACAUAAAGAUCAGGUUUUUGGCUGUUGAAUGACAUGUUGUUCAUCAUUAUACAGUAGAGAUCUACACAAUUGAUAAAAAUUGUUUGGUCGAAAGUGCAUAUAUAUUUUCACUGUUGAGAAUUGGGUUUAAAACUAUUGAAAAUUAACUCCCUUUAGGACUUAAGUUGAUGAAUUUCACUUCAUUGCUAAAAUGACACAUUCGUUAUUAAUUAGUUUUCAUUUUGUUAUGCGCUGCUUUAAUUAGGCGCAGCGGUGAAAAUAUGCUAUUUCGACGAACAAUUUUUGUCGGACUCGUAUUUUCUCAAUAGCCAAAAGUCAGUUCUUUUUUAUUAUGAAAAAAAUUGCGUUCAUGUACUGAGUAAUUAACGCCCAAUGACAUGCUGAAGUUGAGACUGUAUAUUUCUCUAAUUUUUUUACAGCAACGGUCAGUCUGGUGAAAUCAAUGAGCAAGACUACUUAAUCGUCAUCCCACGAGUGUUUCGAGGUGGAACGACAGUGAAUAUUGGUAUAAAUAUUUUUGGCAACAUAUCAUGUGAUGUAGAAUUAAAAUUGUAUAAAAAUUCGUUCGCCGACCCGGUCGUUAGCCGAGCAAAGGGUCACUUUCGACCCAAUGAAGAGGGAAGGUUGGAACUCAAGGUGAGUUAAUUGCGUGUAGGUUGCUACCAAGGCCGGAUUUUGGUGGAAGUAGUGGAGGAGGUGGAAAAAACAUUAAUUUAGGGAGGUGCAGCGGUCUAGCUCACAACCCCCAUGGAAAGUUAGGGCUUAGAACGGGCCAAAGUCAACGAUGUGACGUAUGCAUGUAGUGUACAUAUGUAUCAGUGUUUUAUGAAUUAUGACUGUACGACUCAUCCAAUUUUACCCUUCAUUACAAUUACUACAAAGUUUCUUUCGAAACAUUGCAUUAAAAGGGUACUUUACAUAUAUAGCCGCGUUCACACCAGCGGCCCAGGCCUGGCCUGAACCUGGCCUUGACCUGGCCUGGGCCAAUUGUGACGCAUUCACACUGGCUUGACGCCCAACUCCAGGCCAAAGCAAUCAGGCGUCAAUAUAAACGUCCUUGUGUUCCACUAAAGUAUUUAAUUUCGCGCUUUGAAUGUUUUUCCCUCCAAUUGUAUGACAAUCAUAUGACCAGUUUUUAUCGUGGGCAGAUAUUGGGAUGGUAACGGGGCCUCGCCCAGGCCAGGGCCAGGAAAAACCCGUUCACACCAGUGAUGAUCGAGGCCCAGGCCAAGGCCAGGUCCAGGCCACCUACAUUUGCUGGCCUGGAUUUCUUGACUUAGGCCAGGCCUAGGCCAGGUUCAGGCCAGGUAAAACCCGUUCACACCUAGACCCAGGCCAGGCCUGGGCCGCUAGUGUGAACGCGGCUAUAGAGGCGAUGAAUGGCUAUCACUGUUUCAAUUUUACAGAAAAACUUUCUUACGAAGGGUAGACUCUAAGCAAUCAAAAAAUGUCAAAUUUUCACUUUGGGUAUCGGGUGCGUGACUCAUCAGGGGAGGUGAAAAAAUUCUCAGGGGAGGUGCAAAAUGAUCUCAGGGGAGGUGCGCACCUCUCCACACCUCCCCUCAAAAUCCGGCCAUGGUUGCUACGGUAACUUGGCAGCUACGAGUUGAGAGAGAUACUAACUACCUGAAAAGUAUAAGCCAGAAUUUCGACUUUUCGAGCGAGGGCUCUUCGAUCAUUGAUCAAGUACGUGCAUUUUUGACAAGCCGUAAUAAACCUUAUACAUGCGGACGCACAGAUUUUCCUCGAAAGGUUUCCCGUAAUAGGUCGUGUGCAAGUUACUACCUCCUUCUGGAACCUAAUAUAUUAAAAUAGUGUGAUUUUUCUUCCUUUUGGAUUUUCUUUCCUCUUUUUCUAAAUAAAAAAUUAACAGUAACUGGUCCAGACUAACUCGAAAACUUCACAGUUUAUUUAGCCUUCAGGCUCUAUAUUAUAAUUAUAAUAUAUUUAUUUAAUUUAAAAAAAUGUAAACUUUAUAAUUGUAUACGUAUUUAUAUUUUUUUCCAUGUAAAAUUAUUGAGCAAAAUAAACUUGACUUGACUUGACGUCACCGUCGCCAAGUUGGAUUACAUUGACAAAGGAUUUUGCUUGUUUGCAAUGCAAAUAUCAUCCCAGACGAAUGACUAUAAUUUCUAUGUAUACCUGCAGUACUUUCGUCACGAAACCACGAGGCAAGUCAUUGUGCUUGGUGUGCAACAAACAGCAAAGUCUAGUUAUAAUGUUGGAGUCAGGUGCCAAUUGAGACGCAAAUGGGCCUGUUCUUUUCUCCAGUCACAUUUGUGUCCUCUGUUUAUUGUAGAUGUAUGCGUAAUGAUUGUGUUGUGACAAAUGAUUAUAAAUUUAAAUUUAAACAUGGCGAAAAUCUCUUUGUCGUUUGAAUUCCAUGGGAGUGAUUUUUUCUGUGUUGGUGUUAUGUAUUCAGGUGAAUAGCCCUAUUCACAUUAGAGACGGACAAGUCGUCUAGACGAACAAAUCGUCUCUCAAAAAUGUCUUCACAGACGGACAAGUAGUCGAACAAAUUCAGACGACUUGUUCGUCUAAAAUUUUGUCCGACACGUUUUCACAUCUGGUGAUUUGUCCGACUAAAAGACGAUUUUGAGACGAUUUGUUCGUCUAGACGACUUGUCCGUCUUCUAAUGUGAAAACGGAUAAUAUGAUGUUUGUGAUGUUACUCUGAGUGUAUAUCCACACCGGGCAAGCUUGAAAAAUAUAUGCCUGGCCAUACACUCAGAGUACCUUACUUGACUUCUUCAAUUCCCUGAUUUGCGCUCAAAUAUUUUCUUUGACAUGCAGAUUGGAUGACAAGUUUUGCUUGCGCGUUACUUAAAUAUUGAUCAUUGUCCAAUCGAAAGGUACACACGCAGAUAAAACAUAACGGCCUGCUGAUGGAGGUGAUACUGAAGCCUUGAAUUCAUGCUCUAUAUACAGUGAGAAUUAGAUUAUUUUCUGCCCCAUUGUAGGUGCCAAAGAUUGAUGUCGAUGGCGUCGAAGCUACUGUUUGUGGCGUCCAAACGUCACGUAGAGAAAUUUCCUAUGUAGCUCCUCCCCCAGAUACAAUCUUUAUUCAAACAGACAAACCAAUUUAUAAACCUGGGCAAAAAGGUGAGCAGUUAUUCAGUACUCGGUUUAUUAUGGGGCUGGGGGCUUGCAUUUCUAGUGAGAGUCAAUGAUUAUUAAUGAUGUAUUACAAUUUUUAUUUUUUUAUCUUUCUAGUUCUCAUAAGAAUCAUAUAUGUGAAUUCCGAACUAAAGCCAGCUGGAACCAAG